UCAGCUGUGUCCAAUCACAGCUGAUCACAUCCCCAGCAGUGCCACCUGUCAGUGCUCAUCAAUGCCACCUGCCAGUGCUCAUCAAUGCCACCUGCCAGUGCCCAUCAGUGCCUACCAAUGCACAUCAAUGCCACAUAUCAGUGCCCAUCUGAGCUGCUUUUCAGUGUUAUCUAUCAGUGUCAGUCAGUGCCACCUAUCAAUGCCAGUCAGUGCUACCUAUCAGUACUGCCAAUCAGUGCCAGCCAGUGCCGCCUAUCAGUGCCAUAUAUGAGUGCUGCCUUUCAGUGCCCAUCAGCGAUGCCUGUCAAUGCCCAUCAGUGCCACCUACCAGUGCCUUCUCAUCAGUGCCACCUAUCAGUGUCCAUCAGUGCAGCCUAUCACUGCAGCCUCAUU